GGUUGAAUGUUAAAGGGUUAAACACACCAAAAACUGAUCAGAAACUCCACCCUCUUACAACACUUAGCAGGAAGAGCCUGACUUGUUAUUUCUCCUUUCUGUCACUGAUUUUCUUCUCUUUGACAAAAGCUAACAAGAAUAAGCCAUCAGUGGACAACGAAGAGAAAGACUUUGAAGAAGCAUUUUUGGGAAGUUUGUUUCUGAACAGACAGCAGAUCUUUGUGAUUCUCGAGGUUAUUCAUGUUUGAAACCGUCGUUCAGAAAGUGAGAGUAAAGUUUAGGUUGCUGGAGCUCAAACAGUGAAAAUGGCUUCAUCGGCUGAAUAUGACUAUAAUUGUCCCGUGUGCUGUGAAAUCUUCAAGACUCCUGUUCUUUUAUCAUGUAGUCACAGUGUCUGUAAAGAGUGUCUUCAACAGUUCUGGAGAACCAAGAAAACUCAGGAGUGCCCCGUCUGCAGGAGAAGAUCCUCGAAAGAACAUCCUCCAUAUAAUCUGGCAUUACAAAACCUGUGUGAUUCAUUCCUGACGGAGAGAAAUGAGAGGCGUUCAUCAGGAUCUGAGGAGAUCUGCAGUUUACACAGUGAGAAACUCAAACUCUUCUGUCUGGAGGACAAACAGCCGGUGUGUUUAGUGUGCUUUACUUCAGAACAACACGACAAUCACAAAUUCAGACCAAUAAGUGAAGUGGUUUCAUCAUAUAAGGAGGAGCUCGAUACAGCACUGGAGUCCUUACAGGAGAAACUUAAAAAGAGAGGUAAAAUGAAAGGAGAGUUUGAGAAAACAGUUCAACACAUCAAGUCUCAAGCUGAGCACACAGAGCUUCAUAUUAAACAGCAGUUUGAGAAGCUUCAUCAGUUUCUCAGAGAUGAAGAAGAAGCUACAAUCACUGCACUGAGAGAGGAAGAGGAGCAGAAGAAGCAGAUGAUGAAGGAGAAGCUGGAGGAGAUGAACAGACACAUCUCAGCUCUUUCACACACAAUCAGAGACACGGAGGAGAUGAUGAAAGCCAGUGACGUCUGCUUUCUGAAGGAGUUUCCAGUCACGAUGGAAAGAGUCCAGAUCUCAUCACAGCCGGAUCCACAGACGCCUUCUGGAGCUUUGAUUCAUGUGCCGCGUUACUUGGGCAACCUGCCCUUCAGAGUCUGGAAGAAGAUGCAGGACAUCGUCCAAAACACUCCUGUGAUUCUGGAUCCAAACACUGCAGCUCCAUAUCUCGUCUUGUCUGAUGAUCUGACCAGUGUGAGAUGCAGCGGAAACAAUCAACUGAUUCCUGAUAAUCCAGAGAGAUUUAACAUCUAUCCGUGUGUUCUGGGUUCAGAGGGUUUUAACUCAGGAACACACUGCUGGGAUGUGGAGGUUAAAGAGAGUUUAAGGUGGAUUCUUGGAGUAACUACAGCAUCAAACCAGAGGAAGGGAAGUGUUUUCUUUAACACUGAUGUCUGGAGUGUGACGUACGGAUGUUCUGAUCGGUAUGGUUUUGGUGUUAAACAGAAGCUUGAGCGUGUGAGAGUUGAUCUGGACUAUGACAGAGGAACGGUGUCCUUCUCUGAUCCUGUAACUAACACACAUCUACACACAUUCACAACCUCCUUCACUCACACACUCUUUCCUUUCUUCUUCUGUGGUUACUCGUGCUCUCUGAGGAUCUUAGCGGUCAAUAGUCAGUAAACGUUACACCUGUAGGUCUGGAUCGACCUGCUUUCAUCUUUUACACUCAUCAUGUUUCCAAUAUUUAAUCCAUAUCACAAUUUCAAUAUUUGUUCAACAUGAGACUAAACGAAUAAUUGUUUAUUUCAGUUAUAGAGGUUAAAUUAUCAUUUGUUCAUUGAUGUAAAUGGAUGUAAACGUCCUUUUUAAUCCACAUCGAUGUUGAAUGAAAUAUAAAUACUUGCUAUAGAAAUACUUGAGUAAAACUGUUUAUAAAAAUCUGAUUCUCAGAGUAUCUGGGACUCACUGAAAACUCCUUAAAAGUUCGACUCAGAUUCUUCACAAAUUUUGAUAAUCCCUUGAAAAUGUGAUUAUAUGAUUUCAGUUAUGAAAGGUUAAAUGUUUGGUCAUGAUAAGUAGGGUUUAAUCAUGGAAAUGCAUUGAGUGGGAACCCUGAGAUUUGAUUAUUUAUGUUUCCCAAUAAAUUAAUAAAUGAAUGUAACUGACUUGCUUCAGAGCAGCUUUACUGACUUUCACUGAAAUUAUGCUUUAUUACAACACGACAGUCAUAAUAAUAAGAAACAAUCAGAUUAAAAAGGAAU